AUGAUGAUAUUUGUGGUGUUGAUAUUGGUGAUGGUACCUCAGCUGAAGUGCAAGAGUAAAUGCAAAAUCAGCAACCCCCUUCCUAGUUUUCACAAGUAUUAUGUGUCAGGAGAACUCACCAUUGGUGGCAUUAUUUCUCAGGCCCACAUAUUGUCUAAUACUUUCUCUUUUGAAAAUUGUCCAUCUCAAGAUGUCUUCGAUGAUGUUGUGAUACUGUCUCAGAACUACCAGCAUAUCCUAGCCAUGGCAUUUGCUGUGAAAGAGAUCAAUGAAAAUCCUGAAAUCUUACCAAACAUCACCCUAGGCUUCCACAUCUAUAAUAGCCAUUUCAGUGCAAGCUGGACCUAUCUUGCUUCAAUGGACCUUCUUUCCACACGGGGCAGGUUCAUCCCUAACUACAAAUGUGACAUCCAAGAUAAAUUGGCAGCAGUAAUUGGGGGACCGAACUCUGAUGUCUGUCUUCACAUGGCAACCAUGCUUUGCAUGUACAAGAUUCCCCAGUUCACCUAUGGUUCUGCUCCAGUGAUGAAUAAUAAAACCCAAGCAGUUUUCUUUCAACGGAUGUUCCCAAAUGAGAUCCAUCAAUAUGAGGGGAUUAUCCAGUUACUGCUGCACUUCAAGUGGACGUGGAUUGGGGUGAUCUGCCAUGACGAUGAAAAUGCAGAGCGUUUUGUACAGAAUGUGCUUCCGAGAUUUUCCCAGCAUGGCAUCUGCUUUGCUUUCAUAGAAAGAUUCCUCAAACUGUCUUUUUCCGCUGAGAACCCUAACAGGAUCAAUGAGCAAUUUGAAUCUUAUGAGCGCGUCGUGAAAAACACUGCUAGGGUGUUGGUUAUAUACGGUGAAACUGAGACGCUAAUUAUGUUGAGAAUGUUGCUCCGGAUGUCAGAAAUUGAUGAAAGUCCACAGAAGGAAAUAGGGAAAGUCUGGGUUAUGACAGGCCAGAUGGAUUUUACAUCAAUUCCCUUUCAACGUAUUUGGGAUAUAGACUUCAUGCAUGGCUCCUUAUGCUUUGUAAGUCAGAAAAAGGAGCUGGUGGGAUUGCAGACAUUUAUUCAGAUGAAAAACCCAAUCCUGGAAAAAGAAGAUGGCUUUAUCAAAGAUUUCUGGGAACAAGUAUUUAGCUGUUUGAUCCCUAACUCCACGGUAGAGAAGACUGAGGAAAGCUGCACUGGGGAAGAAAAGCUAGGGACGCUACCUGGGUCUGUCUUUGAAAUGAGCACCACUGCCCACAGCUACAGCAUCUAUAAUGCAAUCUAUGCUGUGGCUCAUGCAUUGCAUGUCAUGCAUACAUCGAAGUUAAACCACAGGGCAAUGACAGAUGAAAGGAGACAAGAGCUUUUGAAUCUGCAGCCAUGGCAGCUCCUGAAAGUUUUGAGGAGUAUUUCAUUUAACAACAGUGCAGGAGAAGGGCUUUCCUUCGACCAAAAUGGAGAAUUAGUAACUGGAUUUGACAUUAUAAACUGGGUCACUUUCCCAAACCAGUCCUUUCUUAGAGUAAAAGUCGGAAGGAUAGGUGCAAAGUCUCUCCCAGGCAAAGUGUUUACCAUUUGGGAUGAUGACAUUGUAUGGCCCAACUGGUUUAACCAGUCACAACCCAUUUCUUUGUGUAAUGAACACUGCUGUUUGGGUUAUAGAAAGGCAAAGAAGGAAGGGAUGCCAUAUUGCUGCUAUGAUUGUCUCCCAUGUCCAGCAGAGAAAAUUUCAAACCAUACUGAUAUGGAUGAGUGUUUUCAGUGUCCAGAAGAUCAGUAUUCUAACAGUGACCAUGAUGCAUGCAUUCCCAAAAAGAUCAGCUUCCUGUCUUAUGAAGAACCUCUAGGAAGAAGUUUGACUAUAUUUUCUCUUUCCUUGUCUUUCAUCACAGCUUUGGUGUUUUGGACCUUCAUUAAGCACCAAGACACUCCCAUAGUCAAAGCAAAUAAUCGGGACCUGACCUACAUUCUUCUCAUCUCCCUCCUGCUCUGCUUCCUUUGCACAUUUCUGUUCAUUGGCCAGCCACAGAAAGUGUUGUGUCUCUUUCGACAGACUGCUUUUGGUGUCAUCUUCUCCGUGGCUGUUUCUUGUGUGUUGGCCAAAACCAUCCUUGUGGUUCUAGCAUUCAUGUCCACCAAGCCAGGAUCCAAGAUGAAGAAAUGGGUGGGGAAGCAACUUGCCAUCACCAUUGUUGUUUCCUGCUCCUUUAUUCAAGUGACAAUUGGUACUCUGUGGCUUGCAACUUCUCCUCCAUUCCCAGAUUUUGUAAUGAAUGCAACGGUUGAAGAAAUUAUAUUUCAAUGUAAUGAAGGGUCGGCAGCCAUGUUUUUCUGUGUACUAGGUUUCCUGGGUUUACUGUCCAUUGUCAGCUUCACUGUAGCCUUCCUAGCCAGGAAGUUACCUGACAGUUUCAAUGAAGCCAAAUUCAUUACCUUCAGUAUGUUGGUGUUUUGCAGUGUUUGGCUAACUUUUGUUCCAUCUUACCUGAGUACCAAGGGAAAAUUCAUGGUGGCUGUGGAGAUCUUCUCCAUCAUAGCCUCCAGUGCUGGAUUAUUAUUUUGCAUUUUUUCCCCAAAAUGCUACAUUAUUUUGCUGAAGCCUGAGCUAAACAACAAGGGUCAAUUAAUAAGGAGGAAAAAUAAAAGUAUCUAA